CUUAGCUUGAGCAUUCAAAUUGAGACUUGGUCUCGAUCAGCACUCUGAUACUCGUUCGCUCGUCAACGUCUACCGACCCAAUGAACUUCCGCUAAAAAUGCAAUCCAACUUGGCUGAGGGCUUUUGGUUUCAUCAACGAACCGGAAACAUACUCUGUCGGGUCUUCGUCGGUAGACGCAGUCAUCCAUAAAGAUUCGACCCCAGUUUGAUUUCUGACCGAUUACCUUGAAGUUCCUGAUUUAGCACCCUGAUGAAACAUUCGUUUCAGCGGAGUCCGGUGAUGUGACUCAAGGACUAGUUUUCUGGACGCGCAUAAGAGGCCUCGCUCGCGCACGUCAUCCACGUCUCCGACCCCGUCCUCCGUCAUCAGCCAUCUCAAUACAUGAGCAACGCCGCCGCCUGUUCCCACUCGAUGGAUUCACCAGAUCCUACUAUUGGCGCAGUUCCCUCGACAGUAUGCGGUGAAUUGAAGCCAUGUAUCGAGGCACUGGGAUGUUCUAGCUCUACGUACGCGCCUUCCUUCACUUCGUCACCCUGUAUCGACGACGCGGAAUCCGGGACUGAGGUCGUCAAAGACCUCCGCGCCAAGCUUUUCAUGGCCGAGGUCAGAUUCGGUAUCCUAACCGCCGAGCUCGAGGGUACGAAGCGCCAAUAUGAUGCUACUCUAAAAGAGCUUGCUAGCGUAAAGGACCUCCACGGCAUUCACGUCGAGCUGACCAAGUACCGCGUCGCCAAGAAGGAUGAGAAUGUCCAGACUCUCUGGGACAAGGUCAUCCAUCUGCAGGAGCGCCUUCAGCGGAGCGAACACGCCGCGCAAGAAGUUCAAGCCGAGGCGCAAGAGCUCCGUGGGUGCCUCGCGCGCAUGGAAGGACGGAUGGGUGUCCUCGUUGAUGGGUUCAUGUUGGCUGAGUCAAGAGCGGCAGCAGCUGAGCUGGACGCUUGCGAGGCCGCCGCUGCUUUCAAGCAGGCUCAAGAGUCAUUCGACCGUCUAAAGUGCGACACCAGUUCAUCUCGACCUCCGUCCAUCAAUCGCAGGAUUAGUUUACAAUUUUCCCCUGUGAAAAAUCUCUUUCGCAGGCGCUCUUCAUCUUCUUGCACCUUUUCGUCGCCCUCUAAACCUGUCCCCGCGCCGCAUUUCAUCGUCUCGGCCACCUCCGCCAAGGCACCCUCUCACCCUGGUUUUCCAGCCAAGCAUCUCCCAAGCGCAACAGUCUCUCAAGAAGGCCGUGCAAAGGCACACGCUCGGUCUAACUCUGAUGUUCUGUCGCUCCGGAUAUCUCAACCUUCAGGCUCUUUAUAUUCACGCCGAAGAGGGCCCGUCCGCUCCCUUUCCGACGGGCCAAGACAUCAGUUAGCUCACGACCUCGAGUUUAGUACCUCUCUGCCCGAGGGCUCGCUUCGCCCGACGUUGCACGUUCCGCACGUCCUCAGCUCGGGAUCUCGUCUCUCUGGUUGUGCUGAGUCCUUGUCUUCUCACCAGCGAAUUCCUAAGUCUUUCAACCUGGGUAUUCCCGUGAAGGGCACCGGUCGCCCUCUCCUUUGCACCACCAAGCCUCAGAUUGCAUCUUGCUCCAAGGAAAAGCUAUACCGUUCCAAUCCUACUGCGCCGCCUAUCCCUCCGCUUCCCCUACCUCCUACUCGUCGUGUUGGCCUACGGCCUCCAACCGCGGCUCCUAAGAAGAUUUCUAGGAUUCGCGAACUAGGACACGAAGCUCGUCGUAUCAAGGCUGACCGCUCACACUCUCCCUCUCGCCCUGAGAUUACUCUUAAACCACUGCCCAUUGCGUGCCUUAAAGAUGAAGAGAGCCCAUCGGUACCUCCGCCGAAACUUCCUUCUCCGCCUCCGAGUCCCAUUCGUCCGAAAUGUCACCUCCGGUCGCAGUCAGGGCCGUCAGCCACUAGGAAAGCUUCAAGCUCAAAUAUCCGCGCAUUGCGUCACGAAGCUCGCCGAAUUAGAGUUGACUGUUCUCCCCCUCCCCUUCCUGACAGACCGCAUCGACCGCAAAUCGCUCCUUGUUCUUCAAACCAUGCGACAGUCUCAGUGGCUCAUGCACAGUCUGCUUUUCUUAUUGCCUCCCGUCCUACGUUGGCGCGUGCCAAGGAGGAAUUGGCUUUUCGUGCGCCACAGUAUAGAAGCGGACCGAUCAGGGCUGAGGAUUCGCUGCCUCCCAUCGUCUCUGAGGAUGAUCUGCCUUUAUCCGCCCUCCGCCUUGCCAACUCAGCUCGCAAUACCUCGGUUCUUGUGGAGUCAGCACCUACUCCCUUCGCCCGUUCUUUGCGUCGCGCUUCAUCGGUGCCGGCAAUUGUGUCAACAGAAGCCGUCAGGACUUCGGUCGUUGGUGGGCCGGGACACGAGGGUCGACGGGUCAGGUUCGCAGAUGAGAAGCAUUCUACAAUCAAGGACCACUCGAAGUUGGAAGAGGAAACCGCACUAACGGAGUCUCUCAUGGACACAAGUACGGGGAGCAGCGAUUUCGAUCAAUUAAUUGCGGAUGUAGAGAAGGAUAUGGACGAGCUCAAAGCCUUGAUUGAGUCCAGUGUCACUGCUCGGUCGGCCUCGGUUUGUUCGCGCCCGAUCCGCGUCGACACGAAUGACCGCCACUUGAUGCCACUCGAUAUGAAUCAGACCGGUAAUAGCCUCGACUUGGCAAACGAAACCUACGACGUGCCUAUCUCCGCUCUGUGCGACCUAUUCCCCGCUCCUCCAUCUACCGUCGGCAGGCUUCCUGAUCGCACGUCGACUAGUGACAUCGUGCCUGCUAUGCCCUCGACGUCUGAUGUGUUGCCACCAUCGCCGCCCGUCAUUCAGCCCCGAAGUUUCUUUGAGGAUUGGAGUGACGAUGGUAACGCGAGUCGCGCCCAUGCAAGCACCAGGGAGAGUAGCCCGCUGACUCGGAAGUGGUCACUGUUAAAACUGAGGACGUCUAUAUCGAACAUGCUCUCCCCUGGCAGCAGCGACACUGAGUACUCAGACUCGUCUACUACCCCUUCGUUCCCAUCCGGAAGCUCCUCGCCAAGCUCGGAUAGCGAUGAAGGGGACUGUUCGCCUGUAACUCCUUGCGACAACCCACUGGACCCUCUCUUGUUACGUUCCACCGACAAAGUCCUCCCUCGCAACGACCCCCGCCGCUAUGGCCGGGUCUUUGACAUGACGGCUAGCGAGCUGACGUACCUCACCAAUCUUCCAUCCGUACGGGAGACAAACUGCCUUGCUCCAGACAAGUCGAUCGAGUCACCGGACACUAUGGUCGACGUCUCGGCGAACUGA